UUGCACAUCCCUGUUUGGACGUGUCACGUCAGCCGGUUUGACAUGUCGAUCGUUUGUAUCUUUCCGUAAGAGUCUAAUUUAACUAAAUAUCUCUAUAAUUUCGCGUGAAAAUGCUGACAAAAUUCGAGACAAAGUCGGCGAGGGUUAAAGGCAUAUCAUUUCAUGCCAAACGACCAUGGGUUUUGGCCAGUUUGCACAAUGGGGUGAUUCAGCUGUGGGAUUAUCGUAUGUGUACAUUGCUGGAGAAAUUUGAUGAACACGACGGUCCUGUACGUGGCAUUUGCUUCCACAUCCAACAGCCCCUAUUUGUGUCCGGUGGAGAUGACUAUAAAAUCAAGGUGUGGAACUACAAGCAAAGGCGCUGCCUUUUCACGCUGCUGGGACAUUUGGACUACAUCCGCACCACAUGCUUCCACCACGAGUAUCCGUGGAUCCUUAGUGCAUCAGAUGACCAGACAAUCAGGAUAUGGAACUGGCAGUCCCGCCAAUGCAUCAGCGUCCUCACCGGACACAACCACUACGUGAUGUGCGCUCAGUUCCACCCGACGGACGACCUGAUCGUGUCCGCGUCUCUGGACCAGUCCGUCCGGGUGUGGGACUUCAGCGGGCUGCGGAAGAAGAAUGUGGCUCCGGGGCCGGCUGGUUUGGCUGAGCAUCUUAGGAACCCGCAGGCCACUGAUCUGUUUGGACAAUUAUCUGACAGAUGA